AUGUGCGAGGCGGCGCGUGAGGGUCCGGCAGACGCCGUGCGGCGCUUCUUGCGGGAGCAUCCCGCGCUGCGCCUCCUGCCUGCGGGGGACAGAGUCCGCUGCGCCCUGACCGGCCACGAGCUGCCCUGCCGGCUGCCGGAGCUCCAGGCCUACACGAAUGGCAAGAAGUACUCGCGGCUGGUCCGGGCGGCCGGGGCGCUGGACUACGGCGAGUACGGGCCGCACAUCGUGCCCAGCACCAAAAGCCCCGCGCAGCUCUUCUGCAAGCUCACCCUCCGCCACAUCAACAGGAUCCCGGCGCACGUCUUGCGCCACGUGCAGGGCCGGCGCUAUCAGAAGGCGCUGAGACGGUAUGAAGAAUGCGAGAAGGAGGGCACGAAGUACGUUCCCGCCUGCUUGCUCCGGAAGCCCCGUGCCACCCGGGAGGAUCCACCGGCAGGGAUCCACCGGCAGUCCGAUCGGAAGGGAUCCUGGGAGCACGCGUCCAGCAGCGAGAGCAGCGGAACGGACGACAGCAUGAGCGACUUGUACCCGCCUGAGCUUUUCCCGGAGAAAAACCCAGCAGCCAAGGGAAAGAGCAGCGACGGAGAGGUGGCAGAGCCAGCGGUGGAUAAAAGUGUCGCGGGGGGAGAGAGAGGGGAUCCCAUGGAGGUGGAUUUGCAAGCAGGCACCAAAAGGGCAAAGAGACAAGCAGGCCCCCGCAAGAAGAAGUUCAAAAGUUGAAAUCAGAGCUUUGGGAGAGACAUCAGUGGGAAGGAGACGUUUCUUGACACCACAAAACACCGAUUGUGUGCGGCCGGGGGCUGGGGAAAGAAGACUGGUUUCGUCUGGCCUAAUUCUGACACCCCCCCCCAAAAAAAAUAUGCAUGUCUAGUGGCUAGGAAAACAGCUGGAAAACAGGCAUCUUCCCAUGUGUCAGGGUUAAGUGCAUUGGUUGAACAGUGUUCAGUGAAUUAGUUCAAAAAUCUUGGGUGAUUUCUAGUUCAUCGAACCAUCUUCUGUCAGGUCACAAUCUGAGGCCCAUGGCAUUCUUUCAGAAAUCCAACCCUUUGGGCCUUUAAGUUUACAGAUUGCAAUUGUUGGGGGAAAAUAAACAAUUCCUAUUCC